CAUCACACAGUUCAUCGUGGCUGCCUUUCAUUUAACUGCGGUCACGGAGACACGGGUCGACUCAACCUCAGCGUUGCACAGCUCCCGUUUGGAGAGCAGGGGUCGCAGGGCGGGGGGGGGGGGGGGGGGGCAAUGCCACAGGACACUGAGGAUCUGUCUCAUUAACGGAGGAAGACGGCAAGAGAGAAGCGGACUUGAAGGGAAGGAGAUCACCAUGAGGCAGAACCUGGGUCGGUCCACGCGCUCCAUCUAUCUGGGUCUGGCAUGUGUGUCCCUCACUCUGCACCUCCUCCUGGCCCUUUUCUGUCUCUCUGUCCUCCAAACAGUCUGCGUCCUCCCCCCCUCCUCCUCCUCUUCCUCCUCGUCCCGCUCCUCUUCAUCAGCUGCCUCCCCCUCUCACAAUUCCACCGUUUUACAGCACACGAGCAGAAACACCCUGUAUGAGUCCACUGAGAGGCAGAAGAAACUAAUCAGCGUUGAUGAAGUGAUUCCAGGGGUCAAAGGUCACUCUAAGCUGGAGGCGCUGUUCGCACACCCGCUGUACAACCUCCCUCACCCAGAGCCACAAGAAGACGAUUGGCUGCUGAGGGUGAAGACAAAGGAGGAUGCGAAGGAUACGAGAAGCGAGGAAGAGGAGUGGGAGGACGGCGCCGCUACUGACAGCAACUGGCAAAGUGCCAGCGAGGAGCAGGGCUACGACAAGGCCGGGUGGACGAGCGCCGCGGAGACGCACCCUCCGUGGCUGCGAUUCCACCUGGGCAUCACGCGCUGGCGGCUGUACGACAGGAAGGACCCCAACCUGCGACAGGUCACGCAGCAUCUGGCCAAUCAGCGCGUCCUCGGUGCCGUGCAGAAGACGGGAGGCACUCAGCUCAAGCUGCUCGUCUCCUUCCCAGACUACGGACAAGCUCUGCUCAAACCCAUGAGACAGUCCCGAGGCGCCGAGACGGACCUCAACCUCUUCUACUUCUCAGACUUUGAGCGACACAAUGCAGAGAUCGCGGCCUUCCACCUGGACAGGCUCCUGGGCUUCAACAGGAUCCCCCCAGUGGUCGGUCGACUCCUCAACGUCACCACGGAGAUCCAAGACAUCACAAGUGACCACAGGCUCUCCAGGACCUUCUUCACGUCUCCAGCGGGGAACCUGUGCUUCUACGGCGACUGUGAGUACUACUGCUCCCCAGAGCACCCAGUGUGCGGCCGGCCACACGCCCUGGAGGUCUCCCUGGCCGCCAUGCUGCCCGACCUCAGCCUGGCCCCGCGCAGGUCCUGGAGGUCGCCAUGGAGACGCUCGUACAGCCACAGCAAGCAGGCGCAGUGGGAGAAGGACUCCACCUACUGUGACUCGGUGAAGCAGACGCCUCCUUACAACCAGGGCACCAGGCUGGUGGAUCUCAUAGACAUGGCUGUGCUGGACUUUCUCAUGAACAACAUGGACAGACAUCACUACGAGACCUUUGAGAAAUUUGGCAACGAGACAUUUCUCCUGCAUCUGGACAACGGGCGGGCGUUUGGCCGUCACUCUCGGGACGAGCCGUCCAUUCUGGCUCCUCUGCAGCAGUGUUGCAGGAUCCGCCGCUCCACCCUCCUCCGCCUGCGCCUCCUGUCGCUCCCGGCCUUCCGUCUGAGCAGCGUGAUGCGGGAGUCGCUGAGGGAGGAUCCUCUGGCUGACGUGGCCCCGCUUCUCUCUGAGCACCACCUCUCUGCUUUGGACCGACGCCUGUCCACCGUGCUGCGGGUGGUGCACAGCUGUCAGCACCAUCACAGCGACGUCGUCUACGACGACGUGGAGGGACGCGUCUGAGCACCGGGUGCGUCCGUGUGCAUGUGGAUUUUACCAGGUCACUCUGGCCUCAGUGGAACAGGAACUAAACAGGAACAACUCAGCUCAGUUUAAAACAUGCAUUUACAAUAUUUGGUCUUUUCAUGGUUCCUCAACAUUGUGCAACACAAAUCGACUGCAAAUGGACAAAGCCCAUACAACAUACACUGAUCCACUACAUCAAAUGGAAAAACUUCAUGUGUGGUUUGUAGAUGAGCAAUAAACAAAUCAUCACAUGUUGCUGCUUUUU